GACAAACCGCUUCCGGGUCGGUCGCCCGCCCGCCGCCGCCGCGUUGGUAACCGCCUAACAACCGGGCCUAGUGGGGCAAGGAUGAGCACCCGGGGGCUGCAAGGUGUAAAGGAAGAGGGUGCUGAUGAAACCAACCCGUUCUCCUUCAAGGAGUUUGUCAAGAUCAAAAGCCAAUCAACAGUAAAGGAGAAAGUGGUGAAAAACCAGACACAUCAACAACUGAAGAACUCUGCAGGAAUUCCUUUAGCAGGGGUUGCCACUGCCCCCAAAGAACUGAGCCUGAGUUUGGAUUUUCCGAAGCGUUAUUUCCCAGAUCCAACAACCCACAGUCCUUCAUUGGAAGAAGAAGACGAUGACUGGAGUGAAACGUACCAACCCGCCGUUAUCGAGGCCGCUCACGAGUUCAGCUUUUCUGACUCGCUUUGUGAUGUGUCGUACAUGCCGCUGACACUGAGCCCCACUGAGCUUCCGCGGCAGGACAGUGUCCAGUUCACACCAUCAGAGUGGCUACUGGACGAGGAGGAGGAGGAAGGUGCGGAGAAGGAUUGCAUCUUAGGGGAGAAGACCUCACAAUUCGGGCCCCCUUGUGAUGAACCUGACCCUCCAAGAGAUCAUUUUGACUUGGUGGGGCAGGUCCUCUAUCAAAGUCAGCUGCUGACCAAUGAGAAGCUGCAAGAAGAAAAUGCAAAGCUCCGAAGACAAAAUAAGGAAGCAAAGCAACUGGUAAAGACCCAUGUGCAGAGGACCAAGAGGCUGGAGGAGGAGCUGGAGAGAAGGAAAGUCAAAGAGGAAAAGGAGACCAGAGCAUUAGAAUCCAUGGUUCAGCAAGUGGAAGAGAACCUGCAACUGAUGACGAAACGGGCAGUGAAAGCAGAGAACACAGUCACUAAGAUGAAGCAGGAAUUUGUACUAUUACAGGCUGAGCUGCAACAAUGGAAAUCUGAAAACGAGAGGCUUCGAUCUGAAGACUCCAUUGCUUUGAACUCAGCCAAAAGCAAUGCCCUGCUCGCAUCAGACUAUCUCUUGAAAGCCGCACAGGGGGCAGAGAGCUCAAUAAGACAGCUCCUGUCUGGCGCAGAAACUCUACGUCUGGUGUCUGAACUACUGAGGUCCAUUGACAGAAUCUCGGAGUUGCCAGCGCAGCAUAAAGGGGAGGCCCACAGCUGAUGCACAGGCAGCUCCCUCCUUCCAGCUGGCCAUCAGCCUAAGCUCAGCACAGUCAUCUGAACAUUUCCGAUCAGAGUUUCAAUGAACAUCACACCCUCACUCUGGCCUGAGAUGCCCUCUUUCAUUUAGUGGGAUUCCAAAUUUCCUUUUCCAGCCUUCAGUGUUCCAAAUGUCCUCAUACUGUGUGCUUGUGUGGAGAUGAAAGGACGACAAACAUUUUUUUUGCACUAUUUAUAUCAGUGAGUAAAUUGACAAUAGCAAUAGUGAA